AUGGAGAUCUCCAAGUCAGAGUGGGGAAGGUUGGGGGAGCUUGGCCUGUUCUGGGCAGUCAGAUUCAGCGCCUCCCUUCCUGACCUCCACCUCGACAUACCCUCCCCCAACCGCACCACCAUCGUCGCUCUCAAGCAUCGCAUCCGCGAGCGCCUCCAUUCUUCCAGCAAAGACAGUAAAGAUGAAACAACCGCCAAAGCGGCCCGGAGCCGCCUCCGCUUCAUCCACGCCGGCAAGAUUCUUCCCGACACCGCCGUCGUGAGCUCCGUUCUCCGACCGCCACCGCCGCCGCCCAUGGUCAUGGACGCCAAGGGCAAGGGGAAAGCCGUUGAUCGUCAGCAUCAGCAGCAACGUGUGUACGUGAACUGCAGUAUAGGCGACGAGCUCACAGACGAAGAAUUAGCCACCGAGGCAGCAGCCGCGGCGUUUGUACCUGCCCCCGUUGGAUCCGUCGAUUCCAACCUCUCGGAUAUUGGUUCCGGUGCCGGCAGCGGGAAAACCAGCCGCACCACCGGCCUUCAACCCUCCUCCUCCUCCUUGUCAACAGGAGAAUCCAGAUCCCGGAUCAACGCCUCCGCCGGCCAAGCAACGACAACAACAACAACAGACCGCAACCGCCCCCGUGGCUUCGACCGCUUUCUCUCCGCUGGCUUUACACCCGCAGAAGUGAACCAGCUCCGUCUACAAUUCACCUCCAUCCAAGCCUCGCGCUUUACUCCCGACACCAUGCCGUCCCCUGAUACUUUGCGAUCCAUGGAGGACGCCUGGAUAGACAACAACCACGGUGGCGUCGGCGGACCGGGCAUGGUAGAAAGCGAUGACGGCAGCGGGUUGGUUCCGGAACCAAUAGGUGCCGAAACGGAUGGGUUCAAUGGCAUGGUGGAUACGCUCGUCAAGGGCAUGUUUAUUGGUGGUCAGGAUCCGCUGGUGAGGUGGAUUGGGGACGUCUUUAUGGAGAUGGCGCAUUGGGUCGGAGCGUGGGACUUCUGCCGGUUCGUGGCUGCAUUUGGCAUCAUGUCCUGGUCUAUCUACAGAUUUGCUGGGGGGAGGGUUCAGGAGUGGGUAGAGGAAGAAUGA